UGAUUUUGAUGUUGACGUUUGUGGUUGACGUUGGUUUGUUUGGAUUUCUUUGUGAAAAUUGAAAAUUCUAAUUCGCUUUAGAUUAGGUACCUUAAACUUACCUCCAUUCUGCAGUGUAUUGUGAGAAAUAAAUUGUGCUAACCUGAAGCAGUCUGAAUCUUGACUUUAUAACCACUCAUUUAUAUAAAAUAGAGUUCCAUUCCAUACAUUCUAAGUAAGCCUCACGACUUCAUGAGCUAUUUCUGAGAUUCUGCGUUUUUAGGUUUUCUGCAUUUUAUUACUGUAGUUAUCCCUCCCACCUCCUGUUGUUCUACAGAUUUUGGAGAACAUGACGGAACUUAUGCCAGCUGACGAGCCUGAACAAGAUCGUAUUAAAGCAAUCCUCAAUGGAUUUCAAAUCAAUCACAUGAAUUUGCGGGAUGUAGAUACAGGCAAAAUUCUCUGGCAACACAAUGAAGACAUGUCAAACCCAGAUGUGGAGCAUGAGGCGAGGGUGCCAAAACGCAUACUCAAGUGUCGUGUUGUAUCCCGUGAAAUGAACUUCAGCUCCAUAGAGUCUAUGGAUAAAUUUCGAUUGGAACAGAAAGUACUAUUCAAGGGAAGGUGCUUGGAAGAAUGGUUCUUCGAGUUUGGCUACGUUAUUCCUAAUUCCUCCAACACGUGGCAAUCUAUUAUAGAGUCUGCACCUGAGUCACAGAUGAUGCCUGCUAAUGUACUAAAUGGAAAUGUGGUGAUUGAAACAAAGUUCUUCGACGGAGAUCUGCUGAUAACGACAUCGCGUGUCAGAUUAUUUUACGUUUAACUUUGAAGCCACCUUGUGUACUGAGAGCAUUUAUUUUGUUUAGAUCAAUGAUUUUUAUUUCAAUUUGUACAUGCAUUUAGAUCGAAUCUAUUUUUUUCUAUAAUUUAUUUUGACAGAUAAAAUAUGUACGAGUAUGCCCCAUACACAUGGACGCUUUCUAACGCGCUUUAAAAAGCGUUAAAGAAGUGGGAUAACCAUUGAUAUAGAAUUAGUAGGUAGAUGACAAAUGACGAGCAAACUGUCAUUGCUCAAGUGGCCAGGUUUGCACACAUAUGUACACAUUAUCACUUCAGCUUAAUAUAAACCUUGAAACUUUAACAUAAAGUUUAAUAAUGACCGAAUGCUAAUUUGAAAUAAGGUCCAACUAUUAUUUUUGCUUUUAUUUUUCGGGCCGCUUUUAAAACACUUAUUACAAAUCCUGUAGAUACUUAUAUUGCUGGGGUUAACAGUGCAACAUGUCAAAACUUUUCUAACCUGACGUUUUUAUCUGUAGUCUUGGGUUGUCUAUGAUUUAAGGCUGUUUCCUCGUAAGGCGAACAGUGGGUGGUGGGUGGUUGACUGUCCGCUGGCUGACUCUGAGCGUAUCGGACGCUAAUUCAAUGUCGAGUUAGCGGCGUUCUGGCUAACUCUUAUGAGUAAUUUAUUCAUAUCAUUUUUAGCGUAUGUUUUAGUUUAAUAAAUUCCGGUUUAUUAAAAAAUGAAAUAAUGUAGAGUAAUUUAUAUGUAAUAACUGGAAUUGUUUUCUAGUCAAUGUAAUUGGAACACUCGUGAGAGAAUAAAAGAUACGUGGAAAAGGGUUCAUUUUACAUAAAAUCUAAAUAUUGUAAUGAGUGUAUCUUUAGCGUUAAAUACGCUAUGAAAAGAUCAAGUCUAAAAAUAAAUUCAUAAAUUAAAAAGUCAUACUCGACAACCAUUAUGGCCAGUUUACGUUAUUCCGGUGGCUGGAUCCAGUUAGUUGUAAAUUUUUAAAACAUUUCCUUCAAGUGUAUGUAAAACACUUUAGAAAAAUUAUAGACUCAAUCACACUAGUGCUGCAUUUAUUGAUGGGGUUGUCUACUUUAUCCCUAGCGUUUGUACCCCAAUCGGGUUUUAAACACCGGCACUUAGAAGUAUGACGUUUCGGACAGCACUUGAAUUGCAUUGUAUAAGAUGCGCUGGACUCAUGUAAACUGCCAGUUAGUAAAUUCAAUUGCAUACUGAAUUCAGUACACUGCCUGUAAAGGGUAUCAAAACGAUGGUCACAAUAGACAGUAACUACAGUAUCUUCUAGAUUACAAAUGGCGCUGUAAUAAUGUAAACAAGCUUUUCAAAAAUUAAAAACUUUGUGUCAGUAUAAUGUGAACCCUUCUUCACUUACCCUUUAUUAAUUAAGUACAUAUGGUAACAAUGUACAUUUUAAAAUAAGGUAGGGUAUAGCAUGAUUUUGUCUCUAAUAAUAUAUUUAAAUUCAAUAUAAUAAUUAUUUCAAUAAAAGUACUUAUAUUAAGUAAAAAUAGAUUUUCCCGAAUAAAAUCACUUCGAUUAUUAUGUCAUAUUCUGGAAUUGUUCUGGGAGAGAAUAAUAAUGAUGAGGGAAUCGUGGCUAAUUUUUCUUAAAAAUCUUAAAAAUCUUUUAGGGUUCCGUAAGUUCGCAUGAAAAAAGCAACUCUUAUGAGAUGACUAGGGGUCUGACUGUCCGUCUGUCACAUCCAAUUUCCUAUGAUUCAAAACUGACCCUAUCUCCGAAAUAACAGCCUAAAAUUUUGUAAAAUACAGAAAAUAAUAGUGUUUUACUCAUAGAUUACAGUAAAAUCUAUAAGAAGUCUACAUGGUCUUAAGUUUAUGUACUACAAAAUUAAAUGAUUUAAAUAUAAUAAUAAGUUAUUGAUUCUCUUUCGGCUAAGAAAUUUGAUCUACCGUAAUUAUUAUUACAAGAAUAUCCGUCCUGUCUAUGUAAUCGUAUUUCGUAGUAAAAAUCCCUUUAGGCUAUCUUAAAAUAAAAAUUAGUUACCUAACACAUUA